AUGUACGUAGGUUCGGUGCGAAGAGCCGACUUUUCACAUGUGGUUAUAGGAGGCGGUAUUAUUGGUACGGCCAUAGCCAGUGAACUUCAACAGGUUGCCGGUAAUCUGGUACUUUUAGUGGAACAACAUGAGCAUUUAGGAACCGAGACAACGGCCAGGAACUCUGAAGUUAUUCAUGCGGGAAUAUAUUAUCCUCAAGAUUCGCUUAAGGCCAAGUUAUGUAUUGAAGGGAAGAAUAAGCUUUAUCGAGAGUUUGGCACUAAUAGUAAUAGUAAGAAUAGCAAGGUUCCAAUCCAUCAAUGUGGGAAAUGGGUUGUUGCCCAAUCAGAAGCUGAAGCGGAACAUCUAUAUUUAUUGGAAGCUCGAGCUAAAUCAUUAAAUGUUCCGGUAUCAUUUAUUAGUCCGAGUGAAGGGAAAAAACAAGCACCAUUAAUCCGAGCAUCUCAAUUGAUAUUACAAAGUCCAACAACCGGAAUAAUAGAUGUUCAUAGUUUGGUGGUGUAUUUCGAUGGUGUAUUUGAAAAUGCCGGAGGUGAUGUGGGGAUCUUAUCCAAAGUAGUUGAUAUUUCUUAUUCUAAGGGAAGAAAGGAAUAUCUAUUACAUUUACAAGAUCUGGUUGAUGAUACAUUCUUUUCUAUUACUUCGGAAAAUGUCAUUAAUUCCGGCGGAUUAAAUGCACCCUUUAUUUCUAAUAUGUUAUUACCCCCAGAUCGUCAUAUCGAACCUUAUUUUGCUAAGGGAAACUAUUAUAGUUAUCAACCUCAAACACCUAUUAAUAUUGCCAAAGAUAUUGGUCUGAAGCUUAUUUAUCCUUGUCCAAAACCAUUUGCUUCUUCAUUAGGAACUCAUUUGACUUUUGAUUUGGGGGGUCAAAUCAGAUUUGGCCCAGAUAUUGAAUGGUUAAAUAAUAAAAAUAUUGAUACUAAUGAUUUGGAUUAUAUGGUUCUGUCUGAUAACUUGAAACCUGCUUAUAACACUAUUAAAGAUUAUUUUCCUUCGCUACAAUUACAAGACUUGGAACCCUCAUAUUCAGGUAUAAGACCUAAAUUACUAAGUCAAGAACAAAGCAAGAACCAAUUCUCAGACUUUGUCAUUAGAGAAGAAGAGGGGUUCCCUGGAUUUGUUAACUUAUUAGGCAUUGAAAGUCCAGGGGUAACUGCUUCUUGGGCAAUUGCUGAUUAUGUUAAAAACAUAUAUCACGGAUAA